AUGCAUUCGCUGGAGGAGCCGCUGGACCUCAAGCUGAGCAUCUCCAAGCUGCGAGCCGCCCGGGAGAAGCGGGGUCCCCCCGGUCCACGACCCCGCGGUCCCCAGCGCCUGGACGCCCCGCCGGCCGGGGAUGGCCGAGGAGGGAGCCGGGGGGGUCGCCGUGCCGUGCCGGCCCCGCCGCCCCCCGGCCUCCUGGCCCACUCCAGGCUGGUGGAGCCGCGGGACGGGCACUUCCCCGCUGUGCCGGGGGGCGGCCCCCGCCACGGCAGGGGCUUCAAUGCCAGGUACAAGAUGCUGAUCCACAUCCGGACGCACACCAACGAGAAGCCGCAUCGCUGCCCCACCUGCAACAAGAGCUUCUCCCGCCUGGAGAACCUGAAAAUCCACAACCGCUCGCACACAGGCGAGAAGCCCUACAUCUGCCCCUACGAAGGCUGCAACAAGCGUUACUCCAACUCCAGCGACCGCUUCAAGCACACCCGCACCCACUACGUGGAGAAGCCCUACUCCUGCAAGAUGCCGGGCUGCCACAAGCGCUACACCGACCCCAGCUCCCUCCGCAAGCACAUCAAAGCCCACGGCCAUUUCGUCUCUCCCGAGCACCCGGAGAUGCUCAAGGUCCACCCGCCUCCCAAAACGCCCCUGGGUUCGGCGGAGGUGCCCUACGUUAACGGGGCGCAGCUCGUGAUCCCCAACCCCGCCGCCCUCUUCGCUCCCCCGGGGCUGCCGGCGUUGCCCAUCCCUUUGGCGCCGGCACCGCUCGACCUCAGCGCUUUGGGCUGUGGGGCUGCCGGUGCCCUGCCAGCCCUGCCGGGCCCUGUCCUGCCCCUCAACGGCGGCCCCUUGAACUUGGCCAAGAGCCCGUUGCUGCCCUCGCCCUUCCCGGCGGGGCUGGGGCUGCCCGUCAUGUCGCUGCUGGCCGGCGGGGCCAAGGCCGAGGGGGAGAAGGGCAGCGGGGCCGAGGGGCGGCUGCCCAAGGCGGGCAAAGGGCCGGAGAGCCCAGCUGGCUGGGCACACCCCGGCCCGGUGCCCGCCCGCAUCCCUCCGGCCACCCUUGUCCCCCCACCGCCUCCCCGGCCCUCCCCGUGA